AUGUCCGUCUCGACUCAGAACGAGGCCGCCAUCAAGCGGAACCCGCAUCCGGACUUCAAGAAAGUCGAGGCGUCGCGCCCGGACUGGGAUAAGGACUCGCAGUUCCGGUAUACCAAGACCGUCGCGCCCGACUGGCCUAUCGGCUCCGGCGCCAACAGCCAGCGCGCCGCCGAGGCCGACGGCAAGAAACACGUGUGCAUCGACCCGUACGAGGCCGGGCGCCCCUCCACCGCCAACUACAAGCUGCUCAUCAGCGGCAUCGUGCCGCGGCCCAUCGGCUUCGUGUCGUCGCAAGCGGCGGACGGCAGCGCGCGCAACCUAGCGCCGUUCUCGUACUUCAACAUGGUGAGCCACGACCCGCCGGUGUUCGCGCUGGGCGUGGCGGCCACGCUCGCCGCGCCCAAGGACACCCUGCGCAACAUCCUGGAUAGUCGGGAGUGCGUCGUCAGCAUCAUCGGCGAGGACUUCCUCGAGGCGGCCAACGCGGCGAGCGUGGACGCGCCCUACGGCGCUAGCGAGUGGGACGUCAGCGGCCUGACGCCCGUGCACGACACCCUCGACGUCAAGGCCCCUAGGGUCAAGGAGGCCGUGUUCAGCGUCGAGUGCAGGCUCGACAGCGUGCGCGAGUUCGAGAGCCGCGCGGAGCCGGGGAAGAAGACGGGGUGUCUGGUGCUGCUCGAGGGCACGCGGUUCUGGGUCCGCGAGGACGCGGUUAAUGAGGAGAGAAGCUUGAUCGAUCCGGCGGUGCUUAGGCCGGUGAGCAGGCUGGGGGGGAUCACGUAUGCGCGUGUUACGGAGGCGGUGGAGAUUCAGAGGCCGAGGUUUAGGGAGGAUGUUGGUGGGGCGGAGGGGUUGGAGAAGUUGAAGGGGAAGGGGGAGGGGGAGGGGGAGCAUAAGUCUGCAUAG